AUGGAAGAGCUCCUGAACUUGUACCCAAGGAAAAGUAAAGGCUUAAGCGAAGACAACUAUGGCUCGCUUAACGGGUUUCUAAUGGCCCCUCGGGAAGGGAAUGAAAAGUGGGGUAGUGCUGACAAUGUUAGGGAAGAAGAAGGAGAAGGCGAAGAAGAAGCAGAGAAUGACGACCCAGGGAGGGAAGGGACAAAUUUUGACCAUGCAAAGGAAGCAGACACAGAUGAUGGCUGUUAUGGAGAAGACGGACUGUACGAUAAUGGAAAUGAUAAAAAUAAUCUUCCCUUCGACAAGAAAAAACACGAAAGGUUGAUAAAAAAAAUAUGCUAUCGUAACGAUUUAAAAUACUACAAUUAUUACAUUAACAAUUUUGAAAAAAUAAGAAACAUCAAAGGUAUAAGGAACAGAGGAGAAAAUCGAAUUUGUGUGUUAAUCCUUUGCCUAAAUUAUAUAUACUGCAAUUUAAAUAACGAAAUCAUGACCAUUCAUGAAUUGAAAAGGCAAAUAAAAAGAAAUAUCACCAAGACCAGAGUUUAUUGCAAAAACUUAGCAAAAAUUUUGUUUAUGAUAUGUGGUAAAUUACAAAUAAGAAAUUUUACAAGAAAUGAUAUACUGCCAUAUAUGGAAAAGUGCAUUACUACGAUAAUUAAGAGGCUGAAAUUUUUGAACCACAAUGUGGGACGUGAGACGGACCUCCUCCAUGUGAGUAGGAAGGCGAACAUUUUUGAUGAAAUUUUCGAUUUUAUAAAUAAUGGCUCCAGUGAUAACUUUCCGCUCAAGGAGGAAGGGGCGCUAUUCCGUGAGGUAACUGCAGAUGGGGUAGAAGUGGGGGAGAUUUCCCAGUCGGGCCAUCUCUUCGCAAGCGGAACAAGCAGAAACAUCCAUGGUGAGGAACCCGCUCACGAAAGGGACCACGCGGAGGAGGCGAACGAGGCCAAUCGUCUGGGCACUGUCCAUGAUAGAGAGACGUCUGAGGGGGGAGUGAAUAACGUGCUAGACAUUUCUCUAGGUAAGGGAUGCCCUAUGUGCAGUUCGUUACCUACGCAGCAUACGUUCGAGGGGGGGAUUCCCCACGCAUGGAUGAACCACGCAGAUAACACAUGUAGUGAAAACUGCAGUAUCAGCGGGACGGAGGGGCGAAAAAGAAAAUCGAAAGCGAAAAGGCGAAAAAAUGAAAAAGAUGAUGCCAAUGAGAGGAAAAGAAGAAACACAAUGUCCAAAGAAGUGACAAAAAAUAUAGACAAAAAUGUGAUGAUCGAAUUUUUGGAAAGAAAUGUGACGUUGCUAUCUUUAUACUCCUGCGUGGUAUACUCUAUAUUCAUUGUUUGGAAUCGAACUGAAAAUAUGGACACCAAUUUGUACAACAAGGAGAAUAGAAAGUGCGGUGGGAAUUUGCAUUAUUUACUGUGUUCAUCCAUUAUCAUCACUUUUGAUGUGUUCAAUAUAAAGAUAAAAGACCAGUUUGUUUGUUACUGCCUGAGUGUCGUUCAACAGACGAUAGCGACGGGAAAGAAAAAAAUGCUGAAAUUCUUUUUAACCACGUUUAGUGAGUUUCUUGGAUUGGACGUACCCUCCAUUCAAGCAGUCCCGCUAUUCAUGCGCAUCCUCUUUAGCAACUACGUCCUCCUGCAAAUGUACUUAUUUUACAUCAUACAAAAUUACCAGUUGAUAAAAAAAGAGGGAUUCCUACUCGCGAUGGAGAAAUUGCAAAUCUUUUUAGCGAAACUGUUUGGGACUAUUCACCAGAAGUUUCUAAACGUAGCAGAAAUUUCUGUGAAUUACGACUUGUUCGUUCGAUCGGAUUGGGUUUCUAAAAACGUCGUGCAGGUCCUUUCGCAAAAUGAGGACCUUUCAACUGUGAAGAAGUUGUUAAAAGAUUUAACCAGAAGUUACCCAACGGAGCAGGAAAGGAAAACUCUGGAUGAAUAUCUUUUUGAGGAAUCCUACCAUAUAGACUUGAACCAUAUUGAUUUGUACAUCCCUCGAAUUUUAGAUCACUGCUUGGGUAUCUCUAAAGGGGCAUUUCCUCCAACUGGUAAGCUCCUUCCAUGGUUUUCUGUGGGGGAAGAAGACACUGUCCGGGAGCAUCGCCACAAGAGGGGGGAGGAAUUGGCAAGUGCGUUGGAGGUUAAAUCGUCAUUCCAUGACGCAACUGCAUACGGGGAAGACGCUUUUGAUUAUCAGGGGGAGGUACUCGAUGAAGGUGGAAUCGGUCAAAGUGUCUCCCUGAAUGGUAGUAAUAAUGGGAGGAAGCGCGGCCGCAAUACUUACGACGAAGCUGCAUAUAGAAGUGCGGUGUGGGGCAGUACCUGUUGCAGCACCACGUGCGCCCAACGAACACGAAAUAGCAGCCCCAACAAUACCAUCUGCACAUGUGCACACAGAGAAAGCCCCGACAUAGGGGUGAAGAAGCAGAUGGAAAAUUGCCUAGAAGAAACAAAACUGGGGAGCACAGAUACGGGUGAUCUUUCGAAAGAGGAUACUUCAAAAACACAAAAUAAAAGUGCGUCAUUGGACUUCUUCUCCAGCCAUAUAAAAAUUUUAAAAAAAAUAAACCUACAAAAUAUACACGAAAUGAAUAUGGAAAUAAUUCCAUUUUUUAACGCGAAAAUAGUUGUGCAGUUUUUAUUUUACACUGUUUUGAAGAACAUUAUUUACAAUUGUUACUCUCUGAGUUUUUUCAGUCUCCAUAAUUUGCAUCGGUCCCUUAGCACCAGGAAGAGCCCAAAAGAGGAUUCACGUGUGUCUGAAGAAUUGCAGAAGGGCGGGCAGCUUCAUGACAUGCCCAUUUUUUUAAGAAACAAAAUUGCCAGUAAAAUGAAAGAAAUGAAGGGAAAAAAAUACACCUUCGAAAAAUACAUAAUUUGUGAACAGCCCCACUACAUAGAGAAGUUUCAAAAUUGUAAAUUGUUUGGAAAAAAUGCCAGAAAAUUUUUAACUGACCAACAUGUUAAACUCCAGAGCGUUAAGGAUUUGUUCCCGAACUGUGCUGUUGAGGACGGCGCGAAUGACUCCCUUUUUUUGGACACUUCCAGCGAUCGUACUUUUAAUUCUUCGGCUGUUCAGGCGGAGGGGGAGCAGCCUCCCUUGUGCAGAAAAGACAGCUUGUCUGGGAGUACCGCAAGUGGAAAUUGCGGCAGCAGCGGUGGCAUUGCGCCGAGAGAUGAGCGCAGAAUGAAAGGAGGCAAGAACAAGCUGAAACGAAGCAAUAGAAACAGCAAGAAUGACCCCCACAGUAGAAGUGACCCCCACAACGGGAGAGACCCCCGCAAUGGGAAAAAAAUAAAAAUAGCCCUGUGCCACUACGACGUAGGCGUCGAAAAUUGCAGCGAUUGCCACAACAGCCUAAAGGAAGAGCCAUUCAGCCUGUUCGAUUAUAUUUACAACAGCAAAAUGAUGAAGGAAUACAAGAACGUGGAGCAGUUAUUCUCCAGAAAAAACUUUGCUCUACUUUUUAACAUGUUUAACAAUAUGAAUUAUCCAUUCCAUACAAAUACAAAAAAAUUAGUAAAAAUGAACGACUGUUUGUACCACACAUACCAUUUAAUAGGCAUUAAAAAAAUUGGCAGCACUGGGUAUAGCUUCACCUACAAAAACGAGCUAAAUGACAAUUAUUACAAAGUCCUAAAAACGAAAAUUUGUAACAUUCUCUCCGUGCAAGACAUUUAUUUUUUGUUUAACCGAUUUUUUUAUUUCUUGUUUGUUUUUAUCAAAUCACACUGCUGCUUUCGGGGGAAAACUGGCGGCGAUUUUGGCGCUGUCGGAGAAGUGGAGCCCCGGCCAGGGCGGUCACCGCAGCUAUCACAAGCAUCGAAGGUCUGUCCCUGUAACAAGGCCAACUGCUGUUACAAAAUUAAGACCAUUGUGCUAUUUGGAAAUGUGUAG